CAGCAGCCGAAUGGCUAUAAAAAGGAUUGCACAGACUCACCGUUCUUCAGGCGAUUCCUGUCGCAAGACUGAGCAACAAGCGGUAGUGAUUACAUCCUGAACUACAUCCUGAGUUGGAGCGGCCUCGAACAUACAUCAAGUUCUGGCUGCAAGCCCCGUGGAAACUUCUGUAAAUGGGUAGUGCAACAAAGUUUUCAACUUCAUCAAAGAGGCAGAAAGCAUUUUUUUGCAUUUUAGUGUGGCCAGUGAUUGCAAAACGUGACUGAGGAUUUAUUGUGACAGAAUUUACAGUCUACCCAGUGCAACGACGCUCGGUGAACCGAGGAGCUUUCCACGAGAAAGCAAUUUAAUUGAAUUUUCUUCUCCCGGGGUGGGGUGCGUGUAUAAACCUGGUGCUGCUGCCGCUGCUGUUGCCUUUUGGCUGCUGUUGCUAUUGGGAAGGAAAAGUGAGCGCAAGAAGUGUGCAUCUGAGCAGGAGAAGAGACGCGUGCCGUACGGUGCGAGGAAAAGAAUUCUUCCAACGGGAGCUAGAGCGCGCUGGUGUAUAAAUUUUACACACCUUGUGUAUGCGGAGGCGGUGUUUGCUAUACGUAGUGGUAAAAUAAACAAAAGAGGGAAAAGCUCGUAGUUGCCUAGAACUUUGUUCGAAUUUUUUUUUCGGAUUGAAGAAAUCAACGCCGGAAGAAUUUCUGGUCGCAAGUGUCUUUCGGUGUACUUUGGUGCAAAGCCCAGUAGAGUGAAAGAAUCCCCGCAGGACAACAAGUGUAACGGAAGUUUCCUAGAAGAGCCCGAAGAUAAAAAUAGAAGCACGCUUGCAACCGUUGGCAACAUGGGAAAUUUUGGGAUUCAUUUACCGCCAAAAUUGUUUGUGAGAAUUUCGGUGCUGCUCUUCCUGAUCCUGCAUAAUGUGAACUGUCAGUACAUGGAAGGAAACCGUCGAUUGAAACCGUGCGAGCUGGAAUCACUGCUGCGAGACCUGACAUAUCCUGAAGAGGGCUACGAGAUGCACGCCGCAGCACUGCGGAACCAGCUGAGAAACAUCCUGGAGCGAGACCCGACGGACGGUGGCUAUCAAUCGUUGGAUGACUACGCAGGCUACGAAGCACCCGGACCGUAUGAAGACAAACGAUCCUACCGGUCACUGAUGCGGGAUGGGGCGACAUUCGGUAAGCGCAAUCUUGGCUCGUUGGCACGUGCCGGUCUCCUGAGGGCACCUUCCAGCGAUUACCUCAAGCGUAGUAUCGCCACACUGGCGAAAAAUGGCCAGCUUCCGUCGAACCGUGAACCAACCUCGGAAGAGGAGGGCCCGGCGGACGAGUGGAGCGAGGAUAAGCGAAACCUCGCAUCUGCCUUCCGAUCGGGGUACAUGCUGAACGGAAAGCGUAGUAUUGCUUCGCUAGUGAGAAAGUACGAGCUUCCUGGCAAGCGGAACAUUCAGUCGCUGCUGCGCACCGGAAUGCUGCCGUCAAUUGCUCCCAAGCGCAACAUGCAAUCACUGGCUCGCGAUAAUGCACUGCCACACUAUGGGCUGGGUGGAACCGCGGAGAAUAAACGCAAUAUUCAAACACUGGUACGCGACUGGAAUCUGCCGAAGCAUCAGGCUGGUGGAGCGGGUGAAAACGAGAAACGCAACAUCCAAGCGUUGAAGAAUGCGCAAAGCCACAACGGUGGAAGCAACGGUGGACGCAAGAAGCGGGAACUGUACUACGACGAUGGUUCUCUGGAUGACAGCACGCCCGAAAUUCUCGAGCCCGUCUACCAGUCCGCCCCCCUCGACUACGAAGAACUGAUGGAGGCAAUGAGCGAAGCGUAUCCGUACUACGCCCCGAACGGCAACCACCUGGAGGAAAAGCGAUACCUAGGUUCGCUAGCACGCUCCGGCAUGCUGGGCCGAUUCCACCGCUAUCACAAACGGUUCUCGUGGAGCUUAGGGGACUUGUAUGACGACAGUGAUUAUGGUAAUGAUGAUACGCUUGACGACGAGGACAGUGAUACAGAUUUCCACGAGCAGGCAAUGAGUGAUCAUGAUGGGCACGACAGCACUGGGGUACCGCAAAAACGGCACAUUGCUUCUCUGGCACGUUCCGGCUGGUUGCCCGCGUUCCGGCCGUCCCGCUCAGCAGCUGGCCGCUUCAGCCGAUCCGGAAGGGCGAGGUCUCAAAUAGCCGAGUUUUACCUCCAACCCGAGCGACUACGACAACCAACCGCAGGCGUUUGUAGACGAUGCGACACUAGUGGCGAACGCAGCGGAUUUCGAGGCGCCCCUUCUCCCUUCUUCAUCAGUAGCGGCAGCAGCAGUUGGGGAGCACCCGGGCUACAGUCUACGUGGGGCUCCACACCGCCCAGAGUUACCGCGUUACACUGGAGACGCUUUCGCGACUCGUCCCCGAGCGUACGGCGGAGGAUCACGCGAGGAGCUCCCGCUGUAUUACGGCGACUCCAGUGAGGUCCCAUCUAAUCCCUUCUACACCGAGGACGAGUUCCAAUGCGCCGCACGGCUACGCAAGUUGCUCCACUAUCUUAAGAAACAGUACUACCUGGACAAUAAGUACAUACAGGCAGUCUACGGACGGAAUGCUUUAAGAUAUAACUAAGUAGAUCAUAGCGGUUUUGAAGUUCAAUCAAGCCGAAGUAUAAUUGAAAUAAAGCUGACACAAGACAAUAAUUCGCACUGGUUAAAAAGGUAAUGCUGCUGGCACUGUAUAUUGUUUUAAUAGUUUUUUAACUACAAGGUGGCGUUUCGAAUAUCAACUAAAAAAAAAACAAAACAAACAAAAAAUGUAAGUAAAAUUUAAAAAAUGCUGUUUAACAUUAUUAUAUACAUCUAUAAAUUAAGUCAAGAAAAAAAACAAGGAGCCCCCUCGUAAGUGUUUAUAAGCAUUUAUAUACGGUAUUGAAGUGUAGAGCUAGGUAACCAUUAUUGACAAUUUUAAGAUGUAUUUAUUAUGCAAAAACCGGUUACGGCCGUCAAACUGAUUAGGGCUGAAGAAACUUCUAUAAUUUCUGUUUUCCACUGGAAAUCUUCCUCUGCUAUGGCUUCCUAUGAGCGAAGCUGACCUAAUAAGAUAAACAAUAUAUCUAUCCCCAUAUCCUUUCUCUCAUAUCAAAUUGAAAAACUUGAAAAACUGAACUUUUUAUAUUUAGAAGAAACAAAUAUCCUUCUCCUUUUAAUAACCCUAAUAUAUGAAAUUUUAUCCUAACAUAUUUAUUGACACUAUUCUAGACGAAAUUAGGUAUAUAAAGCUGAGAGUAAACUCAAACAUGGCGUAAUUAUUUGCCAGCAAUAAACAUACCCGUUCACGGGGCGGAGGCUGUUUGCAGGUGGAAUAAAAGUGUAAUCCUGGCAUGUUCACCGGAAAUUGUAGGACAGUGUGUAUUCAUUUUUGCUCAUCAUCAAAUAACAAGCCAAUUUCCUCCGAGCAUUCCUGGUCCACUGCCAACAGCCCGGGUCUCGUGUCACGGCCAGAGGUCCUCUCCUCGGUUGGUAGUUUAUUUGCUGUUACUCUAACAACCGUUCCGUCAUCUACUGGAAGACUGCGGGGCGAGAUUCUUCAUUGAUAUGAUAUCGUUAUACAAACCAGCCAGAAAACACAGUGGCAGCUAUAAUGUAGAGGGGCUUGGACCUAUCUAGGAUGUAGACAAAUUCAUUCCGAUGCUUAUUUUCCACGUGCCGUGGUUGAGCGUCUUCCAGGGCGGUAGCGAAACCGAGCGCUGGAGACGAUUAUGAAAAAAAAUGUUAUUUUUAUUGAAUUUUUCCCCGCAGCAAAUUGAAGAAUGAUUAUCUCAAAUUAUGAUCAUUUGUUAUGAACUCUCGAUCUCUCUACCGCUGGGGAGUGUGUAGUACUUUGUACAAUAUCAGCCGAAUAGUAACAGUGACGACGACGGCCCCCGCAUUCCCAGGCAAGACCUCACGAUUACGGAAUUCGGUGUACAUGGCACACGGUGGAAGAAGGAUGGAGAUGGUACAAGAGUUUCAAAAUCAAUUCUCUCGUUAGCAGCAGGUUCUUUCACCUAUUUGCUUUUCUGCAUUCCGUUGUCAGCGGAUUGAUUGCUUUUGAUUGGACUCGUAGCUUUGAUCAGACAGAUGAUGUUUUAUGGAUACCCGGGGGAGAACCUUUUCCGGAUUAGAUGAUACGAUUGUUGAAUCACCCGUCUGGAAAAUUUGCGACUCGGAGGGGGACUUUUCGAUGGAUAAAUACUUUACUUCCAAUUCAUGUUUAGUAAUCUCAGUUAAUCUUUAACUAGGUACAAAACCUAAACCUUACCAUGAAGUUAACGGAAUGUAAUGUAUGUAAUUUUGUAUUUCGAGGAUUUGAUUUUCUGCGUAAUAAUUGUUUACUAUUAUACGAUACCUUCAUUAAAAAAUAGGACGAUAAUUUGAUAAGUGUUAUAUUGCCUUGAUUAUGUUUGAACAAUUAACUUUUUUUCUUAUUAAAAUUUUUUAUGGGCCCAAUGAACAAUACAGGUCUAAUGCAUAUUAUUUUAAGAACAAUAAUGAUGCUUUCAAUAACAAUUGCAUCCAAACGAUUCGACUCAUUUCUAACCUUCAGUUCAUCAUGAUUUCAUUAAUCAAAUGUCAGUUAAUAACAUAAACGGCCUUGUUUUUGUUUGUAAAUGAAAAAGUACAUUAACGCUUCCUUUCACUUGUUUACAACCUUGGUAGCAAACUGUCCGAUCAACACUGGUUAGUUUCCAUUUCAUGCAAUUCUCUACCCAUUGCCAGUAAGGUUGCAAUGUUUGUUGCUAUGUGAUGUUUAUAAUAUGUAUUCUACUUUUUCAAUAUCUGUCAAAGUUGUUAAGUAGUGUUUUGAAAUCCAGUUUCUAGUCCAUUUCAAAGGUAACUAGUAUUAAUGCCAUAGAUUAACUUUAUUGUCUCAUGACAUUGAACCAUUUGAAUGACAAUUUUGUAUGGGUACAUGAUAUUUAUGUUUAUAACGCAACCGUUGCAACAUUUUUGUUUAUUAUAAUGUUGAGUCCUAAUUUGAAUUGAAAAUGCGUUUCACCGCGUCCAUAUUCUGCUCUUUUUAGUCACAAAAUAGUUGCGUUAAAGUGCCAGAUACGAAUGAUCUACAUUCAACUACUUCUUAUUGAUAGUUACACUUGCAAUAUUAAGUUUGUUCACUCUGAGUUGGUUCGAUGUGUAUUUAUUCGGCAGUUCUUCCGUCGAAUUAGAGAAUUAUUACGUGGUCAAAUUUUGUGUUCCUCGAGGAAGUCAUAUAGGAUCGCUAAUACUGGUUAAUGUUUUUUUGAACGAAAGAAAAUCCUCUUUCGAGAUGUUCAGGGUUUUAGCUUGAUUUCAAUGUUAGAAUGUUGCGCAUAAUUAACAAUACUUUUCAAGCUCUGACGACUCCAUCUUUCUUCAGCGUACCGAAGUCUGACAAAACAUUUGGCAUCAGCCUAACCAAACGGUGAUUUUCAUAGACUGGUGUUCGAAAAUCUGUAUCAACGUGUGUGAGUUAAAACACUAACAAAAUUUACUCAAUGGGUUUCAUACGGUAUAGCUAAACCAAUUCUUCGAAUGCAGAUCUCACACUGGGGAAAUAAACAUGAAUUCGCUACUCAUCGAAUAUAAUGCGGAACCCUCUUUCUUUCUUAAAAUCCAAACCAAACAUGAACUGGAAAAAUGGGAGAAAAAUCGGCUAAAAUUGUCAUUGUCAUCACCGGAGAUUCCAAUUCGAAUUUAAUUUUAUUUCCCACUAGAAGCUAAUCCUGUCCUAACAACCUGCUAAACUAAAUAGAUGAACAAAAAAAAACCUGCUAAACUAUAGAUAUUAAGUAUAAAUGAAAUCAAUGGACAAUACAUAUUAUUCCCAACUAGUGGGAAGCCAUCGCUGCAAGAGAACCGAGGGGCAUCCUUUCCACUCCAUCCACAUUAUAUAACUUCCGGUGGAAAGUGUGCAACUAUGCUCUUGGCAAAUAAUUAUAUACUCAUUUCUAUUGAUGAUAUAGUCAGUAACUUAGACAUUAGUCUAGACAAAUAAGAACUAAGAUAGAACGAUGGGAAACUAAAGCUUACCGUGAACUAAUCAUAACAAGUGGAAACAAGCCAUGACAAUAAACUGGGUCAAAAUGAAGCAUAUUUUCAAAGAAGGGAGCAUACAUUUGGGUCAAGUGGCAGCUAAUGGACAAUAAUGUCAAUAAAAAUGUAGCAAACCGGAUACCUUUGAGAAAAAAAAAAAACAAAGAACGAAAACACUAAUAACAGUUGCUUCCGCCAAGCUGUAGAUAUCGGAGACAAUAAUUUGAAAGAGGGGCGACCCCCAACCAGAUGAAAAACGAUAGAUUAUCCGACUCUUAUCUUCCCAAGCAGACUGCAAACAAAACUCCUGCGCUGAAAAUUGCACUUGUUGAACUUAACGGCAGAAACCCGCUCACAAAUAGACAUAUAGAUAAGCAUAUAGGCACAUGCAGACAGUAAUCACUAUACGUACAUACAUACAUACCUAACAAACAUCCGGAGUGAAACUUGCUCAGUAGACAGGAAAGGGAAUAGAAAUGACUAGAAAACCACGGUAGUGAUUUUCAGCCCUAGGAAUCACAGACAGCAGCAAAUUAGAUACGCGAGCAAGUGGUAGCAAAAUUGGCUGAAACCUGAUCCGGGGGCAAGGUGGAGCGUGUAGAAAUCGAAAAUCAGAGUUCUCGUUAAGCAUUAUCAUGGGUGACGCAGCUAGACAUGAAGAGCUUUCGCUCAUAAGAGGAAAACUUGUGUAUCUUAAUGAAGAAAAAAAAUUACAUAUAUUUACUGUAUUUACUCUCCCCUUCUGAACAGAGAAUAAAGUCAACAUUGAAUACAAAUAAUGGUUGAGAUGAAA